UACAAGCCAGGCCAAUCCAAUUCCAUUGCCUCGUUCGAGCUUCUCUUCUGUUCAUACUAGCCUGAGUAAGCAGUUCUGUUCGAAGUGUUCCUCCAUAGGAAAAAAGUGAUCAUAAAUUAGUGAGUUUUGAACAGUGAAAUUCUCUAGGAACUUGCUCCGAUCCUACUUUCGUAUCGACAACUCUGUGUAAACACCUAACAAACAGCACAAUGGCCGAAAAACCAAAGCGUCCUCUGUCUGCCUACAUGUUGUGGCUGAACUCUGCCCGCGAACAGAUCAAGAAGGAGAAUCCCGGCAUCAAGGUGACGGAGAUCGCCAAGAAGGGCGGUGAGCUGUGGAGAGCAAUGAAGGACAAGAGCGAAUGGGAGAACAAGGCCGCUAAGCAGAAGGAUGAGUACAACAAACUUGUUCAGGAGUUCGAGCGAAAUGGUGGUAGCAAGGACGCCGGAAAGAAAAAGAGCAAGGGUGCAAAGAAGGCUGCGCCAAAGAAGAGCAAAAAGAAGGACUCCGAUGAUGACGACGAUGAGUCCGGCGAAGAAAGCGACUGAACUAAUCACCCUAAAGUAAAAUAAACAAAAAAAAAACUGACAACAGUAAAAAAACGUAAAAAAAAACGAUUAUUUUUAAUUUAUUGUAUACAUGUUCGGGGCCUUACUUCUCAAGAACAGCAGCAGCAGGAUCGGACUAAAACUGAGUCAUCAGAUACAAAAUUCUCAUCAGGUACAUAAUCUAGAUCAGCACAAUUCAAAUUCAUACAAAAAGCAGAUGAAACACGAUCAUCAGACUUUCGGAAUGCUUUCGAAAUGGUGAUAUCGUCUGGCUCAAAAAUAACUGAAAUUGAAUAACAAAAAAUAGGCAGCAUCUCCCGACGUUUGUUUUCUUGUAAUACAUUUCACAUGAAGAUACAUACAUCCCCUUUAUUUUUUUAAGGAAGGCCAUGUAAUAUUAACGCAGGAGAAAUAAGAAAAAUUUUAAAACUCGAAAAAAAAACAAAAAGCAUACUUUUAAGUUAAUUAAAUGUGUAUGAAGAAAAAAAAACAAAAAAUGUAAUCUUAGCUGAAAAAUCGUAAGACGUAAGUGUGUACUCACAACAAAAUACACAAAACAAAGCGUUAAAAUUGCUUAGGAAAUGGAGAAGUUAAUCGCAGUGACAAGUAAACAAAUAUUUUUUCAACAAAUAAACGCUAAACAGUCUGGAAAAUAUUUUCUCUUUGCGUUUUCUCUCUCAAUCGUGUCGAUUGAUUACAGAUACAAAUCUAUUGAAUUAAUCACACACGCACUAAAUUGAGUUUUUUUUAGCAACUUGAUGAAUGUAAUAGAUUUCUCUCUCAAUUUGUGUAGUAGCAAGUGUUUUUUUUUCUCUCGUCUGUUUGAAAACAUUUUUAUCUAUUAACCCUUCGUGUACCGUGCUUUUAGCGGUUCAUGGAAUUUCAUGGAAACACUAUGGAGUUAGUUGAAAUAAAAACUAAGAUUGUAAAAAUUAA